AUGGCUAAGACUUAUAACGUCGGUAUUGUCGGCUACGGCUUCAGCGCGAAGAUCUUCCACAUUCCCUUCGUGACGGAGGUUCCCGAGCUCAAGCUCUACGCAGUUGUCCAGCGCACACCGAAGCAGGAUGACGAUGCCGAGAAGGACCACCCCGGUGUGAAGUCGUACCGUAGCGCUGAGGAGAUGGUCCAGGACCCCGCAGUCGACGUGGUGAUCAUCACCACUGCCCCCGACUCUCACUUCGCACUGUCCAAGCUGGCGUUAGAGGCUGGCAAGCACGUCGUCUGCGAGAAGCCCUUCACCCCCACUUCCAAGGAGGCGGAUGAACUUGUCGCCCUUGCGAAGAAGAACAACAAACAGCUUGCCGUGUACCAGAAUCGCCGCUUCGAUGCCGACUACGUUACCCUCUCCAAGCUCGUCAAGAACGGCUCAUUCGGCCGCAUCUCCGAGUUUGAAACCCACUUCGACCGUCACCGUCCCGAGGAGCCGGCUAACUCUACCUCAUGGAAGAACAAGGUCAUCCCUGGUGGCUCGGCGAUCUAUGACCUUGGAACCCACCUCCUGGAUCAGGUCGUGCACCUGCUCGGGCUGCCCGCGCGAGUGACCGCUUUCAUUGGCUCCGCCCGGGAGCACAACACGACUUCAUACGAGGACUCCUUCACCGUUCUGCUGCACUAUGCCAACGGCAGUAUGGUUACCGCCAAGGCGACUGUGGUCAGCCCCGAAGAAGAGCAGCUGCGCUUCUGGGUGCGCGGUACCCAGGGUAGCUUCAAGAAGUACCACCUCGAUAUCCAAGAAGAUCAGCUCAAGGCCGGCAUCAAGCCCCAGGAUAAGGGAUACGGCCGUGAGCCCAGUGAGCGUUACGGUACUCUGACAACUAUCAAGGAUGGCAACCCCGUUAAGGAGGUGGUUCCCACCGUCGAGCCCCCCACUUACACCGAGUACUACCGCAAGCUUGUUCGCGCUCUUGGUGGCGAGGGUGACCUUCCUGCUAGCGGCGCGGAGGCUGCUCAGGUCAUUCGUUUGAUCGAGUUGGCUCGUGAGAGUUCCAGCGUUGGACGCCCCGGAACCCUGUUCAUCCCACCGGCGACGAACCGCCUAGCCCGCAUCACGCAACAAGCCGCCAAAACAGCCGCCCGCGCCGCAGACCCAGACCACAUCUGUGUCUCCGUGCGCUGCGUCGGGUGCGCCAUGGCGGCGGAGUCGGUGCGGGCACGGCUGGUCGUUGAGCUGGGUGGACACGGGGUUGUGCAGGCGUCGGCAGGGGAGUGUGUUUUCUUCCGUGUUGGCGAGGACGAUGGCGCGGUGCAUUCUGAGCCUAGGUCGCAUGGUGAUCGGGUUUUUGUUAAUGUUGUCCCUGGUCAUGAGGCGGAUCUUAGGGCGCUGAUGGCGAAGUGGGGGAUGGAGUAUCCGCGGGCUUGGUGUGUGGGGUUGCCAUUGGUUAUAGGGGAGGGAGAGGAGUGUUUGAGGGAUGUUGGGGGUGAGAUUUGA